AAGUUUAAGCAAUGGCAUUCUCAUCCCUCAGUAAACUCUCCCUUGUUUUCUUAAUCUUCUCUGUUCUGCUACGUUUUCAACUCAAUGCUGCAUUUAAUUCUACUCAAGAAGCACAAGCUCUUCUCAAAUGGAAAGCCUCCCUUCAACCCCAGAGUCAUUCUGUCCUCUCUUCAUGGACACUAUAUCCUGUUAAUGCCAGCCACAAUUCUACUCAGCACGCAUCGAAAAUGAGCCACUGUUCCUGGUAUGGAAUUUCUUGCAACCAUGCUGGAAGUGUCCAUAGAUUGAACCUGUCUAAUGCAAAUUUAAAAGGUACGCUCGAUGAAUUAUCAUUCUUAUCAUUUCCUCAUCUUGCGUAUCUUGAUCUCAGCAUAAAUGAACUUUUUGGAAUCAUCUCUUCUCAAAUUGGUAAUCUUUCCAAAUUGAAGUAUCUCGACUUAUCAACCAAUCAGUUUUCUGGGAAAAUACCGAUUGAAAUUGGUCUUCUAACUCAUCUAGAGACCUUGCACCUAGCUGAGAAUCAAUUGAAUGGUUCAUCAAUUCCUAAUGAAAUAGGACAACUGAAUUCUCUUGUUGAUCUUGCUCUGUAUAGUAAUGGUUUGGAGGGUUCAAUUCCUACUUCUUUGGGAAAUUUGAGCAACUUGGCUUGGUUAUAUCUUUAUAAUAAUUCACUUUCUGGUUUCAUUCCUCCAGAGAUGGGAAACCUCUCUAAUUUACUUGAACUCUGUAUAGAUACCAAUACCUUAACAAGUCAAAUCCCUGCCACUUUGGGCAAUCUAAGAAAACUAACCGUGUUGUAUAUGUUCAAAAACCAACUUUCUGGUUCCAUUCCUCAAGAAUUAGGAAAUUUGGAGUCUCUCUUUAAUAUGAGCCUUUAUAGCAACAAUCUUUCAGGUUCUAUUCCAAUGUCUCUAGGUGGGUUGAAAAAUCUGACCCUUCUUCAUUUAUACCAAAAUACUUUGUCAGGUUCUAUUCCCACUGAAAUAGGAAAUCUGAAAAACCUUGUGGAUUUAGAUUUGAGCCAAAAUCAACUCAGUGGUUCUGUCCCUAAUUCCUUAAAAAAUUUGAGCAACUUAGAGUUUUUAUACCUUCGACAAAACAAUCUUUCUGGAACCAUUCCACAAGAAAUUGGAUUCAUGAGGCUCAUUCAUUUGCAAUUAGACAGCAACCACUUCACUGGUCACUUACCCAAUAAUAUAUGUGUUGGUGGUUCUCUGAAGAGGUUAGGUGUCAAUGGCAACAAUUUUUCUGGCCCGAUUCCCAAUGGCUUGAGAAACUGCACAAGCCUAACAAGGCUUGUUAUGCAACGAAACAACUUUCGUGGAAAUAUAUCUGAAAGUUUUGGAGUGUAUCCAAAGCUAGAACUGAUAGAUCUCAGUCAUAAUAGUUUUUAUGGUGAAAUUUCAUCUGUCUGGGAAAAGUGUCCAAAAUUAGAAACUCUAAAGAUGGCAGAGAAUCAUAUUACUGGCAGCAUACCAGUUGAGAUUGGAAACUUAACUCAACUAGGUAAACUCAAUCUUUCUUCUAAUUUUUUGGUUGGGGAGAUUCCAAAAGAAAUUGGAAAAUUGAGUCUGCUGGAGGAGCUGAUUUUGAAUGGGAAUCAACUUUCUGGUGAUAUACCUCCAGAAAUUGGGUCACUCACAGAAAUUACCAGUCUUGACUUAUCCACAAACAAGUUGAGCAAAUCAAUCCCUGCAACUCUUAGGAACUUGUUGAAAAUUCAUUACUUGAAUUUGAGCAACAACCAGUUUUCCCAGGAAAUUCCACCUCAGUUGGGAAAACUAAGUCUGCUGACAGAUCUGGAUUUGAGUCAUAAUUUCCUUAGCGGAGAGAUACCAUCUGAAAUCUGUGAUUUAGAGAGCUUGCAGGAUCUUAAUAUCUCCCACAACAACUUCUCUGGUUUCAUUCCUAGAGAAUUUGAGAAGAUGAAACUGUUGAAUAUCGACAUAUCCUACAAUGAGUUGCAGGGUCCAAUUCCCAACAGCACAGCCUUUCGAAGUGCUACCAUAGAAGAAUUACAAGGGAACAAAGAUUUGUGUGGUGAUGUUAGAGGUCUGCGACCUUGUGGUACUUUAUUGCCAGCAAAACAUGGCCUGCAGGAGGGUUGGAAAAUCUUUCUCACAGUUUUUUUCCCUCUUCUAGGAGCCCUUGUUCUUUCGGUUGUGGUCAUUUGUAUACUUUUUAGUUCCAGAAGAGCAAAGAGAGACUCUCGUGAUCAACAAAAUGCUAUGCAGAAUGAAGAAUUCCUUUGGAUAUCAACUUUUAAAGGUAAAAAGAUGUAUGAAGAAAUCAUAGCAGCAACAAAGGAUUUUGAUGGCAGUCACCUUAUUGGAGAAGGCGGUCAUGGAAGUGUUUACAAAGCCGAGUUGUCACCAGGGAAUAUUGUAGCAGUAAAGAAAAUCCACUCUAUGUAUACUGGUGAUAUAGCCCAUCAAAAGGAGUUCUUGUGUGAAAUAAGGGCAUUGACAGAGAUAAGACAUCGAAAUAUUGUGAAAUUUUUUGGUUUUUGUGUACAUUCACGACACUCAUUCUUAGUCUAUGAGUAUCUUGAAAGGGGUAGCCUGACAACAAUUCUUAGCAAUGAAGCAGAAGCAGCAGUGUUGGAUUCGAGUAAGAGAGUGAAUGCCAUAAAAGGUGUGGCACAUGCUUUGUCUUACAUGCAUCAUGAUUGCUUCCCACCGAUUGUUCAUCGCGACAUAUCAAGCAAGAACGUGUUGCUCGAUAAGGAAUAUGAAGCUCAUGUCUCAGAUUUUGGAACUGCUAAGCUUCUCAAGCGGGAUUCAUCCAAUUGGACUCAACUUGCAGGCACAUAUGGAUACAUGGCACCAGAGCUUGCUUACACAAUGAAGGUGACUGAGAAAUGUGAUGUUUAUAGCUUUGGAGUGUUGGCAUUAGAAGUGAUCCAAGGGAAGCAUCCUGUGGAUAUUAUCUCCACUUUUUCAGGUUCAUCUGGCAACAUGAAAAUAGAGCUUGAUGAUAUGUUGGAUCCAAGGCUUCAAUUUCCCUCCCUGGAACUGCAGAAUAAACUGAUUUCCAUCAUGGAUUUGGCUUUUUUAUGCUUAGAUGUAAAUCCACAGUCUAGACCAACCAUGCAAAUUGUGUCUCAGCUUUUGAGCAGCUAAAUUCUUAUUGCUGAAGUAAUCACACUUGAUUAAUAAUUUUUGGCAGGUAUGUUUUUGAAUCAAUUGUUUGUAAGAAAGUUUAUCAUAGUUCCAAGAUUCAGCAACAAUUAGAUUUGAAAGUGAUUUGUAACAAAACUCAUUUUAGCUGUUGAAACAAUGCAGUUGGCACUGGCUACAAAUUAUUGCUCAUUCUUAUUC